AUGUUCGUCAAGCACAGCAUCAUCAACUUUUGCCUUGCUCUGGCCUUGAGCGCUGAGCCGCCGGCCCCUGCUCCAGUGGCAUCACUGCCUCUAUAUAUAAAAUCCCCCUGGAACUUCAUCGGUGAUAUGUUCCGAGUCGUUCAGGUCCCUCAGGCUGACGUACCUAAUCGGCAAGUAUCAAUUUCCCAGCACCAACUGCCCACGCCGGAUCACAUUGUGAACACUGAGUCAACCAGGGAGCCGAACUUCAGGAGCUGGGAGCUUGGGAAACGAUAUGUCUUUGGUUACCUAUUUCGAGACUCUGGACGAAACACGUUCGUCGACGCCAAAUCCCUUGUGCCGCCGGGCCAUUCCACCGCCUCUGACUGUGAAGGUCUGAACAAUCUCAAUGUCUAG